UAUAGUGUGAAAUAAAUCCAGAGUGUAGUGUUGUGUCUUAAAAAAGCAAGUGAUGUCGUCGUCGCAUCGCAUUAGCUUCAUCCGGCGACUCACCAUGGGCGCCACCCUACUUCUCCUCUCUCUCUCUCUCAUCCCCUUCUCCCUUUCUCUCUCCCCUUACUCCAUCCACAUCGACUGUGGCAGCCACGCCGACUCCACCGACGCCUUCCACACCCCCUGGCUCUCCGACCGCUUCUACUCCGGCGGCUCCACCUCCGUCGUCUCCGAGCCCCUCCACUUCCGCCACCUCCAGGAGAAGACUCUCCGCUUCUUCCCGCUCUCCUCCGGCAAGAAGAACUGCUACUCCAUCCCCACCCCCUCCCCGGGCCGCUUCUACCUCCGCACCUUCACUGUCUACGACAACUUCGACGGCUCCUCCCACGACCCCUCCUUCGAUGUUUCCAUCGAGGGCACUCUCGUCUUUUCCUUCCGCUCCCCCUGGCCCCUCUCCGUCUCCCGCUCCGGCGCCUACUCCGACCUCUUCUUCCACCACUCCGAUUCCACCGCCGACCUCUGCUUCUACAGCGUCGCCACCGAUUCCCCCCUCGUUUCGUCAAUUGAGCUCACCAGAAUCGACGACGAUGCCUAUCCUUUCGAUUACGAAAGGAAUUCGAGUAAUUACAUUCUGAUUAACUACGGCAGAUUCUCCUCCGGCUCCGAUCAAUGGGGCCCCGGAUUCACCAACGACAGCGACGUGUUCGGCCGCUCCUGGCUGUCGGACUCCGAAUUCAUGCUGAAAUCGGUCUCCAUCACGAACGGAGCGACGAUUAAAGCGAUUUCCGCAAUCAAGGAUGUGGAUAGGGCGGAGACGAGCCCCAAUUACUUCCCACAGAAGCUCUACGCUACGGCGCUUACGGCGUUCGGAGUUGGGGGCGGCGGCGGGGUGCUGGAGUACGAGCUGCCGGUGGACGCCAAGCUGGAUUACUUGCUGUGGUUUCACUUCGCGGAGAUUGACGUCAGCGUGACGAGGGCGGGGCAGAGGGUUUUCGAUGUGUUGGUGAAUGGGGAGACGGUGAAGAGGGUGGAUGUUUACAAGGAGGUUGGGGGUUUCGCGGCCUACGAUUUCAGCUUCGUAGUUAGGAAUUUGAGUGCUACUGCUUUGACUGUGAGGCUGGAGCCCGUGGCCGGAGCUCCUGUCAUUUGUGGUUUGGAGAAUUAUGCCAUUGUGCCCGUUGAUCUCCGGACUGCGCCUGAUCAGGUUGUGGCUAUGAGAGCGUUGAAGGAGUCACUUCAUGUGCCGGACAGGAUGGGAUGGAAUGGAGAUCCUUGUGCCCCUACCGUGUGGGAUGCAUGGGAAGGUGUUACGUGCCAUCCUACCAAGAACGAAACUCACCUUGUUGUGACCCAGAUAGAUCUUGGGAGACAAGGAUUGAAAGGUUUCAUCAGCGAUGAAAUUGGACUAUUGACAGACUUGGUAAGCCUGAACUUGAGUUCUAAUUCAUUGGGAGGCAAUUUACCCUCAGGAUUGGGUCAACAGUCGCUGGUGAAACUGGACCUGUCGGCCAACAAGUUAGUAGGUCCUAUACCAGAUAGCCUAACUUCGUCUAGUUUGCAACUUGUAUUGUUGAAUGAUAACUUACUGGAAGGAGAAGUUCCGGAGCAACUAUAUUCGGUUGGAGUCCAUGGUGGAGCCAUUGACCUCUCUAAUAAUAAAGGGCUAUGUGGCGUACCUUCUCUUCCAAAAUGUCCGCUCUUUUGGGGGAAAAGUGGCUUAUCGACUGGUGGCAAGAUCGCGAUAGGUCUGUCUUGUCUGCUCAUCGUUUCUUUGGUUGUUCUUGGAUCAUACUAUUUCUGCAUCUGGAGGCGGCGCAGCCACUACGACUUUGGUCUUCCCCACGAAUUAGCAUCACUCUCUGCAAAAAGAAACAGAUAUCAAAGGCAGAAAUCGUUGAUGACUCUCGAAAUGGAAAGCCAACAUGCCAAAGGAUUCCUUCCAACUUACGGUCCUUAGUCAUGAUAUCAUUUCUUGUACAAGAGAACAACCAGAUUUUGGUAGGUAAAUCAGCUCAGCUCGAUACGAUAUACAAUAUACAAUACGAUGCGAUAGUGUCGCUGAAGACGGAGGUUGAAAUGCACGAGGGAAGCUCGUGGCAAUUGUGCGAUUUCUUGACCAGCUAUACACAUCAAUUGUCAGAAAAAUCAGAUUGUAUGUUGUGGAGUGUAUCUUGGCGAGUGCAUUGUGUAUACAUUAUUGGGUCUGGCCAUUUAGUCGACAAGCUUAAAUUUUUGUGUU